CACAAUCAAGUGUUGCCAACAGGAAGUUUUCCGUGUAGAGUCAUAGCACACCUGGAUCUGGAUUGCUUUUAUGCACAAGUAGAAAUGAUAUCAAAUCUAGAACUAAGAGACAAACCUUUAGGGGUUCAGCAGAAUUUUUCAGUGGUUACCUGCAACUAUGAAGCCAGGAAAUUUGGAGUUAAGAAAUGUAUGCCUGUCAGAGAGGCAAAAGAAAAGUGUCCACAGCUGGUACCAGUUAAUGGAGAAGACUUGACCCGAUACAGAGAGAUGUUGUACAAAGUUACAGAGUUGUUGAAAGAAUUUAGUCCAGUUGUUGAAAGACUUGGAUUAAUGAAAAUUUUGUGGAUCUAACAGAAAUGGUUGAGAAAAGACUACAGCAGCUUCAGAGUGAUGAACUUUCUGCAGUGAGUGUCUUGGACCAUAUGUAUAAUAACCAGUGUAUAAACCUGGAUGACAUCUUGCACAUCAGGCUACUUGUAGGAGAUCAGAUUGUGACAGAGAUGCGGGAAGCCAUGUAUGAUCAGUUGGGGAUCACUGGCUAUGCUGGAGUAACUUCUAAUAAACUAUUGGCAAAAUUAGUUUCUGGCGUCUUUAAACCUAAUCAGCAAACAGUAUUAUUACCUGGAAGUUGUCAAGAUCUUAUUCACAGUUUGAACCACAUAAAAGAAAUAUCUGGUAUUGGCUAUAAAACUACCAAACGUCUUGAAGCACUGGGUAUCAAUAGUGUGCGUGAUCUCCAAACCUGCUCCUCCAAAAUAUUAGUAAAAGAAUUAAGAAUGUCAGUUGCUCACCAUAUCCAGAGGCUCAGUUUUGUAGAGAAUAUCUCUCCUGUGACACCCUCAGGACCACCUCAGUCCUUUAGUGAAGAAGAUUCAUUUAAAAAUGUUCAUCAGAAGUUGAAGCCGAAAAAAAGAUUGAAGAACUACUUGCUAGUCUUUUGAACAGUGUAUGCCAAGAUGGAAGAAAACCCCACACAGUAAGAUUAACA